AAGCCGAUUUUCCUCCAUUCAAUUUCUGUUUGGGCGAUUUCGACUUUCAAAGGCGGGUUCUUGAUGAACUCGAUCUGGGGUUUGGUGUUUUGAUGUCCCUCUACUCCCUUGCUGAUUUGCGUUUCUCUGCAUUUGCCUUGCAUGUGCCUCGCAUUGCCCUGCUAUGCUUCGCUCUUAUCGUUUUGUUGUUUGUUGUUUGUUGUUUGUUGAUUUGUUUAACGGCGGAUACCCAUUGCUUUUUAUGCUCUAUUUCUUAUCUUGGCAAAGGAUUUAGGUCGGGAAUGUGAACGAUGGAUCGAUGUAUGGAUAUGCAUAUGGAUGUCGUGAUGGAUGGAUGGAUGGAUGGAUGGAUGGGCAUGUAUGUGCUUUGACGGAGGG